AUGGCAAAUAAAUGGCAGAAAGUAGGACAAUCUCGGAAUGGACUUUUACAAAAUCCGGUAUAUUGGUUAGACAAGAUUAUAUAUAGAAUAAAUAAUGAUUCUGAAGAAAACACAUCUUCAGAUGAGGAACAAGAACCUCCUUGUCGCUCAGUUGGAAGGCCACGGGUGCCAUUUGAAGAGGCAUCGAAGAAAACAAAACGAAGACGUGUAGCCGAACUAACCAUAGACAGAUCUGCAAAUGAACUUCAAUUUGCUGUAAAUGUCGUUUCUGGAAGCAAUCACAGUGAGGUCUCGCUACAAAUUUUUAGUUUUAGUACAGCUGAAGCUUUAGCCCUUAUGGUAGAUUUGGAUAUAUCCGUUCGUUGGCCGGAAAACAAAGCUAUAGUCGAAGCAAACAAAAAACGAAUCCAAGCAGAGUUCAGAGCCAAGCUGUCUCUAAUAGUUGACAAACCAAAACCCGGGUAUGGCUCCUCAAAUGAUGGCAAUACGGCCAGAAUUUUUUUCCACAAUCCACAAAGAAGUUUAGAUAUCACAGGGGUUGACAGGGAAUUAAUCGAGAAAUUUGUGAUCAUCUUAGGAGUGUUAGCUAGUGGUUGCGCUAUUGAUAUGGUAAAGUUUGCGUCAUUGCUGGAAGAAGCAAGAAAUCCACCUUUAUAG